GCGCAUGUAUGUAUAUAUGUAUGCAUGCAUGCAUGCAAGUCAUAAUUCAUGCACAAGUGCACAUAGUAUAUAUGAAAAUCAAAGGAAACUUAUAUUGCGGUUACUUCCACUUGAAUUGCUUCAGUGGAUCGUGGUUGCUUUCUGGAAGGCUUGCCAAGAUGCUCUUGAUUGAUUGUGAACAAAGUGAUUGCUCGCUGACACUUUCGGUGCUAGACUUCACAAUGAGGCUCGUGGAGAUUGGAAUUGAAAAUGAUGUUGUUCUUGCACUUGUUGUUUUCUCCCUUCAGUAUGUUCUUGUUAAUCAUGAAUUCUGGAAAUAUAAAGUGAAGCAUGCACGCUGGAAGGUGACAACAAAGGCUCUUGAAGUUGUGAAAUAUAUAUUGUCAGUCUUAUCCCAUUGGAAACUUGGUGAGGUCGUUCGAGAUAUUCUGCUUUGUGAUGCUUCCAUCCACAGUGCACUUUUCCGAAUUGUUUGUACAACUACACAUGGGUUGGAGAAACUUCAGUUUAGCCGCCUGAUUGAGAUGACGGAUAUCGAAGGAUUGCAACUGGCCAUAUCUUCUGGUUUGGAUGUUCUUGCCAGUAUGGUAUCUGAUCUCUCGAAGGAUCUUGUGAGUAUUUCAGUAUUUCAUCAAGCAAUGCUGUCACCAACUACAAAGCCAAUACCUGUGGCUGCUGCUGCCAUGUCGUUGUUAUCAUACUUCCACAAUCCUAAGAUACAGACUAGUGCUGCAAGGUUGCUGUCCAUGUUAUUUGUUGUGGAUUUUUCGCAUUCAUCUACAUUUAGCAAUGCCAGUUUUGGUCUGGAUGAUAAGCAGGUUGACAUUUGUAAGAAUUCUAUUUAUAGAAUUAUUUCUGAGCAGUUACCUUGGAGUGAAGAUCUCAUUGUUGCCACAUUGAAGCUGCUCAUAUUUUCUGCACGCUAUCAGCCUGCCUUUUGCAUUGCCGUUAUUGCUUCCAAAGAGAAUUUAAAUGCCCAACUGGGCAAUACUGACUGUGAGCAGCAGCCAGAUAAAGCUGACUAUGGAUUGUUGCUCUCCAAGGAAAUCAGUCUUUUAGAUGCAAUUUUGCAAUAUGUUAGAAGAUCUGAGGAUCUAAUGAGAAGCAAACCCACUAUAUUGUUAAAUGUGUUGGAUUUCCUCAAGGCACUGUGGCAAAGUGCCCCUCAGUUCACAAAUAUUUUGGAGCUGCUAAAAAAAUCGGAUAAGUUCUGGAGACAAUUGACCAACAAUGUCACGCUUAUUUCCAGUAGUAAAGAUGAUUUGUCUGGAAAUUUGACCGAAAUGGAGCUUCAAAAUCUAGCUUACGGACAUCAAUGUCAAUCGAAGGUUUUUGAAAUAUUGGCUUAUGAGAUAUUCCUGCAAAAGAAGCUUAUGCGUGCUGCAUUACUUGUAAAGCAAUCGUCUAAAUCAACUGAUGGAGGAGAAAAGUCAGAUGAUUCGCAAAUUCCAAAAGAUGCCAAUCUCACUAGCCUAAAGGAUAUCUUCUCAACCUGGUGUGAGAAUUCAUUGUUGACUGACCUGAUCAAGUCAUGUGUUUCAUGUGAAUAUGAUAACAGUACUCACAUCCGUGCAAAGGUUGCUGCUUGUUUAUUUGCUGUGCAUAUGAUGCGAAAAUUAAAAACUGGUGACUUCGGAAGUUUGUCUGUAUCACUGGUUGAAAAAAUAACUAUUUUGUCACAGAAGUUGAGCAAGUUGCCAGCCUUUUCAGAAUUGUUAACACAAUACACAGAGCGUGGUUAUAGCAAAUUGUCUUGCGCUGAUGUCUACUUUUCCUUCCGUGGAAUUUCAGUGAAGGAAAAGAUUUGCACAAUUUAGUACUCAAUGAUCUAUUUUACCACAUGCAAGGAGAACUGGAGGGCCGUUUCAUCGAUAAUAGACCAUUCAAAGAGCUCUCGCAGUAUCUGAUAGACUCGAGCUUCUUGGAUACAUAUAAACAUAAACGUGAUUGUU